GUUCACUCUCCAAUCCACUGUCACCUUUGGAGAAGUAUAAAAGUUGGAGUCAGAAAAUAAACGCUCUCUUUUUUGCCUUGCAAGGUAGCAAUUGGCUCGCGUUUGCUUUCUCGUGUCCUAUAGCGACAUCUGGUGACCGCCGAAGUGUAUUGCAGCUUAGGCUGGGACCUGUUGGUGAGAUUUGUCUGUUUGUUUAGAGCGCUGCCUGUUGCUGGGUUUUUUUGGUAAUGGAGAGCUUUGAGGGCAUUAGGGAGGAGUCUGUGGCUUUGGACGUUUGGAGGGAGGUGCUGAAGCGGAAACGCGUUCCCUUUUAUUGGGAUGAUUUUGAGAGGCUUUUUUUAUGGGCAAGGGAGCAGGGAUUCUUUCCCAAUCUUGCUGAGGCCCUUUCCUGGGAGAAUUGGUCUCCCGUGGGAGAUCGCCUCCUGGAUGCCCUGCUUGAUAAUCGUUUUGAAGAUGUUGGGCCACUGAUGAUGCUGUUUAAGAGGCUGGAUGCCAUUUGGCAGGGGUCUGAGGUUGGCAGUUCUCGGGCUUCUCUGGGGGACCUAUCUGUCUUGGAUGCGGAUGCUGGGGAAGCCGAGUCUCUGUACAGUUGCCCUGAUUCCCCUAGCCCCGGGGGGAGUGAGCCGGAAGGUGGCUCCUCCUCUGGUGUGGCUCGGGCUCCCAGGCCACUGACUUCAGGCAUCCGGUCGGUGGAGCCGGUUCGGCCGCCUCGCCCUGCCCCGCGCCGCAGGCGUAGUGGGCUGGGCGGGAAAGCACUUUCUCUUUGUGCCUUCCCGGCGCUCGGGGGUGAACGGGGGCCCGUGGAUCAGCCCCCGCCUCGGAUUGCGUCUGACUCGGUGACGGUGAAUUGCCCGAACUGUGGUGUUACAUUUCCCCUGGGGAAGACACAGGCGCAUUCGCCUGGUCCGGUCUCGGGCUCAUCUUCUGAGGAGGAACCCGCUCCGAUCCCUGAGCCUGCGCGGCCUGCCGGGCAUGCGCAGGCGGUGGGGGCCGCCAAAGGCGGGGCCUUGGUCACUGUUCCAUCGGACCCCGCCCCGGCAGGCGGGCAGCCCGCCCCGUCCCGCCUGAUGGGGGCGGUGCCCACCGGGAGGCUGCGCGGCGCGGGUCCGACGCUCCUUGGGGGCGUGCCGGACUCCCUUGUGUCGUCCCGCGGUGACGUGUCUCCGCGCGCCGCGUCUCCCUCUUCGCCCCGUCCUUCCCCCGUCCCGGGGGAUGGGAGCGCUGCGCUGGGGUUGCGGUCUGCGCCUCCGCCUGCGCCCGCCGCGGUGCCUUCUGCUGAUACUGCAGACAGCACCGCUGGGGCGCCGGCUGGUUCGGUUCCGCCUUCCCCGCCUGCCGCGGGGGCCGGGACUGUGGCACAGCGGGGCGCUGGGGUGUUCACCUUUAGCGCGACUGCUGACGCGGCCGGCGGGAGACCGGUGACUCCCCGUGGCCGCGGAUCCUCCCAGUCGACCUUGUGGACCCUCCCUGCCUGCCAGGUGACCGUGCGUCCGAAGGACCACGGGCGGUUUUGGCAGGAGGUCCUGGAUAAGGCUGAGGAGAUGUGCGACUUCGGCCCCUCGCGGAGCCUGCCGGAUCAAGGGGAAGGCUCCUCUGGCUCUGCUGAUGCUGCGGGGGGCGUGGUGUCCGGUGAUGUUGCACCGCCUCGCAGCCCAGGGGCUGCCAGUGUCCCGGAGGCUACGGGACACGAUACAGUGGAUAAUGCAGCCUUACCAGGAGGUCCUCAGGCUUUCCCUGUGCUUAGGGGUGUUACUCAUAACACUCAUGAGCCUUUUUCAUUUAAGGUGUUGAAGGAAAUCCAAGACACCGUUGCACAGUAUGGUGUUGGGUCUGCUGAGGUUAUGCAGACGAUCCGAUUACUUGCUGCUAACCUGCUGACGCCUUUCGAUAUUCGUUCUGUGGCUCAGGCUCUUUUUGACCCUGUGGAAUUUGACGUGUUUGAGGACAAGUGGGCCGCUUUAGUGGCCGGUGCAGUACGGAAGAAUGCUACGCGGGGGCAGCAGGAUCCCAGACGUGUAGCUACCGCCGACAUGUUGAUGGGCACAGUCUUCUGUGCGCAGGACGACUGACCGGUUGCGAGGUGAUGGCGGUUUUGGAUCCACUGGGCCGCCUCAAGUUCACUGGACUGCUGUCCUGACCAAAGACCGUCCCGAGAUGCUGUGUACCCUCUCCAUCCCUGAUGCAACACCGUCAGAGAUCCGCCUGCGCGGGCUCCUUGACAGCGGCGCUGAUGUCACGGUUCUCUCCCUUGCCGCCUGGCCUCCGGACUGGCCCCUGGAUCCAGCGGAGACGUCUGUUGCGGGCCUGGGGGGAACAGCACGGUGUUAUGUGAGCCAACGGCCUGUGCUGGUCACAAACCCAGAGGGACAGACGGCCUGGAUUAGGCCUUAUGUUACUUCUUCUCCUGCUAACCUCUGGGGGAGGGAUGUUCUAUCUGCGUGGGGGGUGCGCAUUGGGACGGGUUUUUGAUGGGGGCCACUGCAGCGAAGGGCGCAGAGUGUCCUACGCCUCCUAUACGGUGGCUGGUGGAUACACCUGUUUGGGAAAACCAGUGGCCCCUCCCUCAAGAUAAACUGAUCGCCCUUCGGAAAUUGGUGCAGGAGCAGCUGGACCAGGGUCGUCUGGAGCCUUCUAACAGUCCCUGGAACACCCCUGUUUUCUGCAUCA